GAGUAGUCCGUAUUUUCAAAUUAGUUUCGAUUGUCUGUAGAGUUCAGAUAUGCAAGGUGUUGCUGCAUCUGUUACUGAUACCCUAGGAAAUAUCAAACCAUGGCUUCAGAAAGUAACAGCUCAAUCAAAGCCUACGGAUGCUCGGUACUUCACGACAACGAAAAAAGGUGAAAUUUUUGAGCUGAAAGCCGAAUUGAAUAGUGAGCGAAGAGAAAAAAAGAAGGAGGCUGUUAAAAAGGUCAUAGCCAGUAUGACUGUAGGUAAAGAUGUUAGUGCUUUGUUUCCAGAUGUAAUCAACUGUAUGCAAACUGAUAAUUUGGAACUUAAGAAGCUAGUAUACCUGUAUCUUAUGAAUUACGCCAAGACACAGCCUGAUACUGCAAUAAUGGCUGUGAAUACCUUUGUAAAAGAUUGCGAUGAUCCCAAUCCACUUAUCAGGGCUCUUGCUGUGCGAACAAUGGGCUGCAUACGUGUGGAGAAAAUAACUGCCUAUCUCUGUGACCCACUCCGUAAAUGUCUUAAAGACGAAGAUCCAUAUGUCCGCAAGACAGCUGCUGUUUGUGUAGCAAAGCUGCAUGAUAUAGAUGCUCAGUUAGUGGAAGAUAGUGGAUUUUUAGAACUUUUGAGGGAUUUGUUAUGUGACAGUAAUCCCAUGGUAGUCGCUAAUGCUGUCGCAUCAAUAACUGAAAUAUUGGAGAUGACAAAUUCUGAUUCUGCAAGGUCCUUACUUGCCUUCGAUGGUCCAGUAAUUAACAAACUCCUGACAGCUCUUAAUGAAUGCACUGAGUGGGGACAAGUUUUUAUACUUGAUGCGAUUGCAGAUUACACACCUGGUGAUGAUCGUGAGGCACAAAGUAUCAUCGAACGCGUAUCUCCAAGACUAGCACACGCAAACGCUGCUGUCGUUCUAUCAACUGUUAAAGUCAUUAUGAAAAUGUUGGAAAUGGUUGAUCCUACUUCCGAAACUGCAUCGACUGUAAUUAGAAAGUUGGCACCCCCACUAGUAACAUUACUUUCUGCGGAACCGGAAAUUCAGUAUGUAGCUCUGCGCAAUAUUAACUUAAUUGUUCAAAAGCGUAGAGAUAUUUUAAAGCAGGAGAUAAAAGUAUUUUUUGUCAAGUAUAAUGACCCGAUCUAUGUGAAACUUGAGAAGCUAGAUAUAAUGAUACGUCUCAUCAAUCAGUCUAACAUUGGUCAGGUGCUUGCUGAACUGAAGGAAUACGCAAAAGAAGUUGACGUGGAUUUUGUCCGAAAAGCUGUUCGUGCAAUAGGGAGAUGUGCUAUCAAGAUUGAAUCUGCCGCGGAGCGUUGUGUGUCUGCAUUAAUUGAUCUUAUCCAAACAAAAGUUAAUUAUGUCGUUCAGGAAGCAGUUGUAGUGAUCAAGGACAUAUUUAGGAAGUAUCCGAAUAAAUACGAGAGCAUCAUCUCCAUCCUGUGCGAGAAUCUUGAUACAUUAGAUGAGCCUGAAGCACGUGGGUCAAUGAUUUGGAUCAUUGGAGAAUAUGCUGAAAGAAUUGAUAACGCUGAUGAACUACUUGAAUCUUUUCUAGACGGUUUUCAGGAUGAAAACACCCAGGUUCAGUUACAGCUGUUAACUGCAAUAGUAAAGCUAUUUCUUAAAAGGCCGUCUGAUACACAGGAACUUGUCCAAACUGUCCUUGGUUUAGCUACACAAGAGUCUGACAACCCAGAUCUUCGUGAUAGGGGUUAUAUCUAUUGGCGUUUACUGUCUACAGACCCGGCAGCUGCUAAAGAAGUUGUACUCGCAGAAAAACCACUUAUUUCAGAGGAGACAGAUAUGCUUGAACCAACGUUAUUGGAUGAACUCAUUUGUCACUUAGCAAGCCUAGCUAGUGUUUAUCACCGGCCACCAAGUUCUUUUGUCGAAGGUAGGCAUGUAGCUCGGCGUCAACUUCCAGCACGCGUAAAUGGGGUCUCCUCGGCGCCUGGAGCAAAUUAUGGUGAUUCACAACAAGUAGAUGUUCCAGCUCCUACGGUUAUCCCAACUCAGGAGACAUUAAUUGGGGACCUAUUGGAUAUUGAUCUUGGAAGUGGGCCAUCUACAUAUGAUUCAACGAUGCACCAGUUCUCUCGCCCUCCUGUACCAAAUACUGGAUAUAGUUCAGCGACCCCUGAUCUUUUGGGUGAUGGCUUAGACGAUCUCUUACCUGGUGUUACUAAAACUCAUCCAAAUGAAGAACAGAAGACUCAGUCUGGAGGAGCAUCUUCGUCGGCUGCUGACGUGUUGGCAGAUAUUUUUGGAGGAAUCAAAAUGUCUGAUCUUUCUGGUGAUACUGGCUUCUUUGUGCCACAUGCAACUGUUUUACUGGAAGCUGCUCGUGGUAAAGGUCUCGAAAUUCGUGGUACAUUUUCUCGUAAGACAGCUACCGCACAAGUUUUUAUGGAGCUGACAUUGACUAAUAAUGCACUAACUCCCAUGUCUGGAUUCGCUAUACAAUUUAAUAAAAAUAGCUUUGGCUUAGUUCCAGCCCAAGCACUAAAUGUCCCUACUCCUUUGAUGCCUCAUCAAUCUGUUAAUGUAUCCCUUCCGUUAGCAACUACUGGUCCUGUAAUGAAGAUGGUUCCACUUAUGAAUCUACAGGUGGUUUUCCUCACAUUUUUUAAGAUGAAUUUAUUACAACGAUCUCAUUAUUUUAUAAGGUAGAAGUACUUGCAAUCAAAUAAAUUAAUAAGUCUUGUAGAUCAAUGGACGAACUACUUAUUUUUAUGAUUGUAUAACUAGGUGGAUUUUUCCUUCGUUGUCUACAACUUCUGCUUAUACGUCCACCUUUCAAGUAACAAAAACACAGACUCCUUUUUUUACAAAGUCCAUUCUUUGUUGCGCCGUAAAAUUGAUGUGUUUAUGACACUCAUCUGGAUCAUUCUCUGGGCCUCAAAACAAACAUGUAUUCCCGCUGGUAAGAUGGUUCUUACUUCUAACGUAUUAUCGUGCUUUAGUAACGGAAGGUUUAUUUAACCGCGGAGUUGAUUGUACUACUGACAAACCUGCUCAAUGAUUAACUCAACUGUAUUAUGUCUGAGAGCUUGUUUUCCUGUUCUUCAUUCAUAAUUUCACUAAGUUUAACCCACUUUCGUUUUAAUCUAGUGGGUAAUUGUUUAACCACAAGCUCUAAUAUGAACAUAAAAUUUAAUUCAGACUCGAUAUUCAACGAUAUUCGUGUAUUCCUAUAUAUAAUUGGAUUGCCUAGAAAUAUGGUAAAGUCUCUUGAAUCAUCUCUUACCUUUUGACCAUCACCCUCCACAGUUUCAAACACUACGAGCCACCACUGAUAGUCUUCCGAAUCGUUUAAAUAUAUGUCUAGCUUCUAUGUGAACAGAUGAGGUAGGCGAAAAUUUUCAACACUAGAUCUUGUAAAUUGCCUCAUUUGAAAAGUCAGUCUGUCCCGAUACCAUUUCUAAUUCCUUCACAAAAGUGGAGCAAUCUACUGGAUCCCUAUAAAACUAUUCGGCACACACUCAAGGAGCUUGAAGUAGUUUUCUUAGUUUCUACUUCAGAUUUAUCAAACAACAUCUCAAACAAACUAUUAACAUCACCAUUACCUCGUCGAAUCAGCAGACAGACAGGCAUAGUCGAAGGUACGAGCUAAUUUCCAAGUAGGAGUGGUUCAGAAUUUCCCAGGUUAACCAAAUCCAGAAAUUCGACUAGGUUUAAACGAAAUUUAGAAAGCAAUUAAUGGAACUUGGAGAUCAAUUAUGGCUGUCACAGUUGGUAGAGUAUUUCCGAAAUUGGAGAAUCGCAGACUGUAACUAACUUCUAUCGAGGAACAAAACCAGAACGAGUGAGUAAUGAAACAGGACGUCUGUUUAUUUGAUAGAAACUAAAGUGUGCUAACGCCUUAAAGCUAUCCUAUGAGUGACUUUGAGCUUAAUAAUCAGGAGUUAGCCAGCCAUUCAUAUAACAGCUAUUCCUCAAUAGUUCAAGGUUAUUAAAAACUGUUACCAUCCAUGUCAUCAUUCAGAUUAACUGAAAUCUAGUUAGAAACAUGAUUUCCAGUGGCAGGUUGUCCGUAAUUGCGUUUUAAAAUCGCGCUUCAGUUCAACAAUCUCCAUUCUGACUAGUCAUUUCUGCUUGUUUCAAAGCCGUCAGUAUGGUUUAGUUCUAUUGGUGUUUUAUAUUUAAUUAUAAUUAAACGGCUCUAAAGAAACUAGAUAAAUAGCUAUUUCAUAAUAGGUUAUGACCACGUUGUGAUCAGAAAAAGAGUAUAAUACUGAGAAUUAUCUCUUUUUUGUGAGAUGUAAUUUUAACUAAAAAUCAAUCAUUACUUGUUGUCUACAGUGAUUAUACAAAUAAUCAGUUACCGUUUCUUUUUUCUAGCCUAUGUUUGGUCAGAAUUCAUCGAAAUCUGUAUGCUAAGAGAGUGUAUGUGUAACAGCAUAGAGCUCAUUUACAUGUAUAGAAACAUUUGUGAAAACUAAAACGUUGACAAGUAUCAUCUUAGGAAUUUGGGUUUUGAAGUAGAAACUACACUAACAUAAGUUAGAACAGAAUAUUUUUUGGUAACCAAAAAAUGCUAAGUCUUAUUUCUUGAGUUAUUUAAAAGCUAGUAAAGUUUUCAUGCCAUGUGGUUUUUGUCUGGAAUACAACAGAAUAAGGUUCAGAAUACUCUAAAACAUUUAGUAUGAAGAUUAGAAUUGUUAGUAUAUAUAUAACCAUUUUCAAUGCUGUAGCAACACGUAAACGCCACGAUUUAGUUCAAUUUUUUAAAUACAUCUCAAAUAUUCAAUUUCGUGUUGUCAUUAGUUUUGAUUUCUUCAAUUUUCCCCUCAUUGUGUUGGUUCGAUGCAUACCUGUACCUUAUCUUACAUUGUUUAUGACUGGCUAAAUAAUCUCCAAUUACUAUGUUACACUUUUCAUGAUAUAUUUUAGCGAUCAUUAGUAGUGUUUUUGUUUUGUUUAAACAAGUGUUAGCUAAUUGCAAAUUUCAUGCUUGCUCGUGUUUACUACUCUUUAUUUUCAAUAGAUUGCUGUCAAGAAUAAUAUUGACGUAUUUUACUUUGCUACGUUGGUACCAAUGCAUAUUUUGUUUGUCGAAGAUGGAGAAAUGGAUAAACGAGUUUUCCUAGCUACCUGGAAAGAUAUACCUAGUCAAAAUGAACAACAGUUUACUUUGAGUCCAAAAAAUCUAACUGCUGAUGCUUGUAGCAGUAAAUUACGUCAAAACAAUGUAUUCACUAUUGCUAAACGUAAUUUGGAUGGUCAAGAUAUGCUUUACCAAUCUAUGAAGCUUACAAACGGUAUCUGGGUAUUAGCCGAAUUGAAAAUUCAACCAGACAAUCCGUCUUUUAUUGUAAGAUUGAUUAAAUAAUUAAUGUAUGGUAUUAUUUAUGUCUAUCCGUUUUGUUAAUAUUUUAGUUAAAUUUAUUAAUGAAUAAUGAAUUAGUGAUGAAAAAAGGAAGCAUUAAGUAUCCUUUAGCCAUAUUUGAAUUGUGACUAUCAGUGAAAUAUAGAAUGCGCCAUUUUGCAAUGUACCUACAUCCCUAGUGUCGUUUAUUCAUCAGGCUACUGAACCCAUGUAUCAACUAACAGGCAUAAAUACAUUUGUAGUUUCCUAUUGUGUUGGUAUUCUGAAAUCCAGUUGAUCGGUCUACGGAUUUUAAUUAAAAAGAAAUUAUCAGUAUCGGGUAGCGGAGAUUAUUAUGUUUUUGAUUGAGAUAAUGUGUCGAUCAGCGUUAGACCACCGCUGAAAACCUAGAAGCACUGAACAUCCGUUUCGUCCCGUUGUGGGACUCCUCAGCAGUGCCCAUCCACGGUCCCGCUCGUGGGAUUCGAAUCCAGGGCAUUUGGUUUUGCACGCGAACGCUUAACCUCUAGACCAGUGAGCCGGCAUCCAACGGUGUUAAUGUCUAACCUCAACAAAUCCACGAAAUCGCGCGACUAUCUUCCAUUGUGCUGAGGUAGAUACCUGUCUACCUGACAAGGGGUAGCUCCACUGGUGACGACUUCGAAUCCUCCGAGCGGGAUCGUGGAUGUGCGCUGCUGAGGAGUCCCAAGAUAGGACGAAACAGCCGUUCAGUGCUUCCGGGUUUUCGAUGGUGGUCAAAGAUCGAUCGGUUCAUGAUCUUAAUAAAAAGAAAUUUUUAGAUGUAUAUACGGAUUCGCUUUCAAUUUCAGCCAGAGUGUGAUCAUUAGCAACAAACUCCAAAAGAGAAAAAAUUACUCAUAAGCAGGUUACAAAUGAUGUUUGUUUGCAAAUCAUUUCUUCGUAACGAUCUUACUGAGAAUUUAUUUUAGACUAGAUGCAUUUUUACUACAACAGUAUCCGUCAAUUCAUUGAAACAUUCUGUUCUAACCCACUACACCAAAGGUAUUUCACUACAGGUUCGCCUAAUGUUACUAUCACGAUAUAGAUAGAUCGAUUGUGGGCAAUAUUCAUGUCCCAAAAACAAAACACUUGCAUACAGUUUUAUUGAAUCAUUAUUUCAUUCCACCCUUCAUUACGUAGCUGAAAUUCUACUCCUGACUGUUGCUGCUACCUUGACGUGGUGGUCGGGCUUGUCUAUCGUAAUGAACCGAUCGAGCUAUACUGGCUGGAACAAUCGUUCCUGAAGGUCAUACCAUGCCAGGCAGGUCGGUUGAAGAGCGGUAAAACUGUUAGGAGAUCAAUUGCCGAAAAUUUACACGACGACAACGUUAUUUCCAUCGGUAGGUCUAUGAUGGAAUUGAACAAAAAUUAGAUAGUGGGCAACCCUGUCGGCCACCACUUGAGGUUUCAAAAUCAGAUGAUAGUCCUCCAUAAGCUCCUACUCGACUGGUAGUGUUCGAGCAAAGAGUCUUGACAAAAUUCAUGUACUACUGGUGAAAUUCUAUUCUUUAAGCUUCCCUCUUGAAAAAUUUCGCAGGAUUACAAUCCACUUCUUUGGAAACGAAACACUUACCUAUCAUUUUGACAAAUUAUAGUUGCUUUUCAAGUAUUAAUCUAUCCAGUCAAUUGUAUCGUACAACUGACUGGUCACUACGAUAAUGACAGUGAUAUGGAGGAUCCAUCUAGGGCAAUUGGAAAACCCCGGUUCCUAACUAAUGGUACACAUGGGCUCCAGGAUCCUGAGGGAACCUAUUAUCAUUAAUAACUGCUACUGGCCUCAUUGUUAUUAUUUGGUGCCCCCUUGUAUUAAUGUUUGUGCGUUCAAAUAAUAGUAAUAUAGCAGUGAUUUACUUAGUCUACAAAAGUGGUAAGCCUAAAUCCAUUGACAACGUUUCUAAUAUGUCAUGGGACAUCACAUUCAAUUAUCUUUGAUAAUUGUAAUUGAAUUGUAUAUGAACACAGUGAUUCUACAAAAUACUCAUUUUUUAUUUCAAUUAAUUAUUCCCACUCAUUCUUUUUUUCCCCGUUUAUUCUUCCAGCUAUCAUUAAAAUCACGUACAAUG